UUUCCAAAGGAAAGAAGGAAAUUUUUGCUCUGAAUGUGAAAUAAGUUAGUGUCUCAACGAGAGAAGCACAAUUUCACAGUUCUGGUUUGUUUCUGAAUCUAUAGAGCAACAAGGAACGCUCGCGCCAGCCCUAUGGGCGAUAGAAACAGGAAUCAGCAUCAGUUUUCUCGGCUGACAGUGUUGUAUCACUGCACGUAUAUAUGAUCUAGCAAUGGACAACCUAAUGCAAGGAAUUUCAUUAAUCUAAGAGUAUACUGGACAAAUUCUAGUUCUUGCUGUUCUACUGUAAUCCAAUCGGACCCAUCAAGUGCUUCACGCUGGCCGUGAAACUAGACAGCCAAAGUUCUCGCACUAAACUCGGAUAUUGUUGAUUGUAUGCUUCUAGUGUCAUUCUGAAGUGUUUAAAGCUAGCAUGUCACAUUUAAGGUGGAGACUUGCGUAUUUGUGAUAAUUAAGUUAGCGUAGUCGAGGAGUGUUUAAAAGCAUGUUUGGAGCAGGGAGGAAAAUCUUAUAUCGUCAAAAGUGCCCGGAAUAAGUGCAGAACAAUAACAUAAGAGUGAAAGUGAAAAACGGCAUUACUCCUCGUUAUCAAAAACAUCCCAAGAGAGCUUGUUGAUACUGCAUUGAUGUUUGUGUUGGGGACAUUUUAGUCAUAAUUUCCAAAUCCGACCUGAAGAUACAGUUAAUCGUUUGUCUUUGAAAGUAAGAAGAAUUCUUAUUGUUUUGUUCGUUGAUCCUUAACUGGCAUCCGUAUACGCGGCAGAUUCAGAACUGUGCGUACAUAACAAUAGGCAACUAUCCUACUAUUCAACAAUGGAGUGUUGCUUGUCUGAGGAAGCCAAGGAGCAAAAGCGAAUCAAUCAGGAGAUUGAACGCCAGUUACGACGAGAUAAGCGCGAUGCGAGACGUGAACUUAAAUUACUAUUACUUGGUACCGGUGAAUCUGGAAAAUCAACAUUUAUCAAACAGAUGCGUAUUAUUCACGGUAGCGGAUAUUCCGACGAGGAUAAACGCGGCUUUAUCAAAUUAGUUUAUCAAAACAUUUUCAUGGCGAUGCAGUCGAUGAUACGGGCAAUGGAUUUGUUGAAAAUUUUAUACAGUGAUCCAGCAAACAUCGAACAUGCUGAAUUGAUAAGAAGUGUAGAUUUUGAAACAGUUACCACAUUUGAACCACCAUACGUUCAGGCCAUCAAAGAUUUAUGGGCCGACGCAGGCAUUCAAGAAUGUUAUGACCGAAGGAGAGAAUAUCAACUAACAGAUUCUGCUAAAUAUUACCUAAUGGAGAUCGAUCGUGUUGCCGCAACAAACUAUCUUCCAACGGAGCAGGACAUUCUAAGAGUGCGUGUACCCACGACCGGAAUAAUCGAGUAUCCCUUCGAUCUGGAAGAAAUUCGGUUUAGUUAUCUAAGCGAUAUGGAGCGUAUCGAAAAAGAAGACUUUCUUCCAACCGAACAAGAUAUUCUGAGAGCUAGGGCACCAACAACGGGUAUUUUAGAGUACCCAUUCGAUUUGGAUAGCAUCAUUUUUAGAAUGGUGGACGUCGGAGGGCAAAGAUCUGAGAGACGGAAAUGGAUCCAUUGUUUCGAAAAUGUUACAUCUAUCAUUUUCCUGGUUGCUCUUUCCGAAUACGAUCAAAUUCUUUUUGAAUCAGAGAAUGAGAACCGAAUGGAGGAAUCUAAAGCUUUAUUCAAGACCAUUAUUACGUACCCUUGGUUUCAACAUUCUUCAGUCAUCCUGUUUUUGAACAAGAAAGAUUUACUGGAGGAAAAAAUUAUGUAUUCUCAUUUGGUGGAUUACUUUCCUGAGUACGAUGGACCUCAGAGAGAUGCAAUAGCCGCCAGAGAAUUUAUCCUCCGCAUGUUUGUAGAUUUAAAUCCAGACUCGGAAAAAAUUAUUUACUCCCAUUUCACAUGUGCAACAGACACAGAAAACAUACGCUUCGUGUUCGCCGCUGUCAAGGAUACGAUACUGCAAUCUAACCUUAAGGAGUACAAUCUUGUUUGAAUGGAGUUUAUAUGAUAGCUAUUAUCAAGAUCAUUGUCACCGAUAAUCCAAAUAGUUGGCAUUUUAAGAAGAUGGUAUGGUUAACAUCUAUGUUACUAUCUGCAUUAUGCCAUCUGCGGUGCCAUUCUACUAUCAUCGUAGCAUUUAUGAUACACAAUGCAGACAGAAGAGAACGCAAUGAUGCGUACCACAUAUAACAUCUUCAACAAAUCGGCAAGCUCCUCUCAUGAGGUAUCUCACCUGUUCCAUGAGAUAGCAGUCAUCAGCUCAUCAACAUUCAACAUAAGAAACAGUAUCUUGCGGCUAAAAAUUAUAAUUGUUGGCUUCUCACAAAUAAUAUUUUAUUCGUAAUUGAUCUGUCAAUCUCGAAUAUAUGCAUCAACAAAAAAUAUCGUUUAUAGUAUAACCUGGGACUGUGUGAUUAUGCGAUUUGUCGGAGUAAAAUCUGGUCUAUAUUUCUAAUAUGUUUACUUUUACAUUGCUGAUGUGGUAGUGUUUGACAAUUAAGCGUGAGCUCUUAAGUGAUUUAAGCAUAUUAAAUGAAGAGAAUCUUAUUUUUCUUCUGUUGUAAUAUAAAUACUACUGCCAUACUUGGCGAGAUCCUUAUCGAAUCCAAAUUGCCAUUACAUUCGUUGUCAACGAAUGCAAUUAGACGGGAAUUUUCGAAAGAUGUUACUCCUAUAUAAACUGAAAUGUUACGUCAAGUUAUUAUUUUAUGAAUGUCUAUUGCUGUUUUCGUUUCAGUGAUACAAUAGUCUUAUUUUGGUAUAUAAGAAUACAAAAAAAUAUGUUGAAAAUUGUAGCAAUUUCUUGUCAGAAUAUAUUGUCAGUAUACUGUUGGGAGGUUUAAUAAGUUAACCAAUUGUAGUGACUUGUGUUACGUGGCUAAUUCACAGUUCCUGUUUUAUGUAUGUAUCAUGUUGUAUUCUUUUGGGUUUGCAAAAUUAACGCGCGAAAAGAUGCAUCUGAUCAAAUAUAUGUCAACACAGCUUGUAAAAUAGUCGAUUUUCCCACAUCUAUUUCGAAUACGCUGCAUGCCAUUUCUGCGACGCAUUAUUUGUGAACACUGACCAUUUUUUUAUCACACAAACAACUUAUUUUAUUUUUACUCUCAUUCAAAUACUGCGACCGUUUUAAGAUAAUUUUAUUUUGAUAAUCUGAAUAGAAUAGCAAAAAAUAAAGAGAAGGGAAUGCACACACUGUUGUAUUCAUUAAUAUACAUACCACUGUACUUUAUCUCCCUCUUUUCCUAUAUGAUUUAUAAGCAUUCGGUAAUGUGUUGAUGUAUUUGUAUGCUAUAAGUGUCAAAGGAUUAUUUAAAAUAUGUAUUAAUAUCAUCCAACUAUAGAUGCAUCAAUCUUGCCGUUAGAAAUUACAACCUGUUUAUUCUAACGAGUACAAUAAAAGAACAAACACAAUAGAAUCGUCAGUAUAAUGUUCAUUUUCAAGCAACUUAUCAUCUGUAUUGUUUGUGUUGUGAAAACAAGCUGCACGGUGAAGUGUGGCAUGGGUGUUUUAGGAAAGGUGUAUUUACUCUGCACGUUCAAGUCACACUUUGCUGCAGCAGUGGUCUGAGUCUUUUGAUCGAUCAUAAACCAAGAACAAAAAACAAAGAACAGCCAUUUUUUAAAACGUUAUAAAACUGUUUCUUAUAUUUUAUUGAACUAAAAAAAAAUGGUCGCAAAUGACAUCAAAUAGUGUUUUGAUAAUGAGAAUUUAAUAGCUUUGAGAAGGCACAUAAAAGCAUCACAGCAAAAUCAAACAUCGUCACUCCGAAAAUAUAGUCGCAUUAGACCUGUGCUUUUGCGAUAUAAGUGCUUCGGCACUGCCAUCUUCGCUGUAAGACAUCUCGAAAGAGCAAUACACCAGCAGGUUGGUAACUUUAGAAUUCCAUCCACUUUGCAACUCGGCAAGGCAAAAGAAGGAAAUCAUCGCACGCUGACCUAGAGUGGGUUUGCUUUGGCAAGUCCACAUACUGUUCAAUAAAGAAUAGUGGCUCAUCCGGAAACCAAUGAUAAGUUGUCAAUCAUUUUCGUUCAUGCGAAGGAAUUAUUCAAUUCGCUUCAUAAUUUUUGAAACAUUUUGAUGUUGGAUGAUAUGAAAAAUAUUCGCUUCCAUAGAGUGGAGUUCAAUAAUGAACCAUUAUUGAACUUAUUUUUCGUGCACUGUCAUUUAAAUUUCCAAUAUCUGUUUUUUUUUUUACAUAUAUAAGGACGGACGAACCGUAUGUUUAGCCAAUAUCUGUUAUCACAGUUAUUCUUCACUUUGAGUGUAUGUUUUUGACACGUUAUAUGAGCGAUUCUUUUAUAAUUUAUUUUAGCCAAACGCUUCGUCAUCGAAUAUAGUCAAUAGAACUGUAAACAGCAAAUAUAUUUGAAGAGCAAAAAAAAUUUGAGCGAAUAUUGAUUUAGUAGAAACUAUUCCAAAUGUAUUGUUGGCGAAGCUACGUGCACUUACGUGAAAAAAAUCGGUUUGGAAUAUAAGCGAAGAGUACCUCACUGUGUUCAAUGUCACCAAUAAAUCAAUGUUUAGAAGUCCUUUA